GAAAACAAAGUCCAGCAGCCCUCCCUGGGCAGGCGGGCAGCAGGCAGUUCGCUCUGCAGCAGUUUCUCACAAGUGCUCUGCAGCUCGGCCCUGGCAGGAGGGGCUGCAGGUGACAAGUGGCCCCCGGGGACAUCGGACGGGGACUGGGGUACCAAGAGGCCUGCGUGUCCCGGUCCUGUUCCUGAGCCAUUUUGGAUCAUUUUGGUCCCUGGGCUGUUCCCAGGGACCAGCCUGAGCUCACCAGUAUCUGCCAUGGAUGGGAGCUAGUGGUGCACAGAGGGUGCAAGCCCCCACCCUCCGGGUGACCCCCGGAUCCCGCCGGGUGACCCGCCAGCUCCCCGAGGAUGAAGACGCUGGUCCGGCUCUUCCUAAUGCUGGUGUGUGUGGCGGUGGUCACGGUGCUGUACAUCCUGCUGUGCUCCCACGUCUGCCUGCAGUUCUGCUGCUGGCCCCCGGGGCAGCAGGGUAGCCCCACGGCACCCACCAUCCUCAGCUUCCAGGGGUACAGCCGUGUCCCCGAUGGCAAGCCGCUGGAGCGAGCACUGUGCCGCCGCUGCGCCAUUGUCUCCAGCUCGGGGCAGAUGCUGGGCUCACACCUGGGAAAGGCCAUCGAUGGGCAGGAGUGCGUCCUGCGGAUGAACCAUGCCCCUACUGCCGGCUACGAGGAGGAUGUGGGGGCACGGAGCACCAUCCGGGUGGUGUCACACACCAGCGUCCCGCUGCUGCUGAGGAACCAGCCCUACUUCUUCCAGCAGUCCCAGGAGACCCUCUACAUCAUCUGGGGGCCAGCAAAGAAGAUGAACCGGGAGAAAGUGGGCCCAACCUACCGGGCGCUGCUGAAGGUGAUGGAGACGUACCCCCACCUGCAGAUCUAUACCCUGACCGAGGAGAAGAUGACAUAUUGCGAUGACGUCUUCCAGAACGAGACGGGGAAGAACAGGCUGAAGUCCGGCUCCUUCCUGAGCACAGGCUGGUUCACCAUGAUCCUGGCCAUGGAGCUGUGCGAGCAGAUCUGUGUCUUCGGCAUGGUCAGCGACAGCUACUGCAGGGAGAAGAACCACUCGAGCGUGCCCUACCACUACUUCGAGAAGGGCCGGCUGGACGAGUGCAGGAUGUACCUGGUGCAUGAGCGAGCCCACCGCGCUGGGCACCGCUUCAUCACCGAGAAAGCCAUCUUCUCCCGCUGGGCCAAGAGGAGGAACAUCAUCUUCACCCACCCAUCCUGGGCAGGUGGUUAGGCUGCCAGCCAUGGGGUGAGGCAGCAGGGACCCUCUCAUCCUGCAACAACGUGUCUCAGCUCGGCUGUUGCCACAGUUGAAAGCCUUUUGCCAAGCCCCAGAGUGGGGAGUCUCUGUCUCCGCAGUGGCAGAGCUGGCUCCCCCAGCCAGUGGGUGGGCUGGGACCCCUCAUAUCAGUGCACAGGGGACAUGAGCUGUGCCUGCCCAGAUGGACCCAGGGCGACCACAAAGGUUUUCCGCCCGCUCUACUGAGAUGAAUAUUUAAUGCAGGAUUAAGUAUUUAUGCUGCUGGGCUCCAGCAUGACGGGGGAUGAGAGCUCGGUCCCACCAGGGCCAUGAGCUGGUGCCUCUCCCAGGGAUGAAGCUCCACCGCGGUCCUUGCCCCACUCAUGCCCAAGACCCAGUGCUGGGUGGGGGGUGCAGGGAGCUGGGUCCGGGCUCCCCCAUCCUGCUGCCUUCUGCUGCUCUGCACCCAGGCAGGUCCCUGCGGUCCCCUGCAUGCCCCCAGCUGGGAAGCCCAGGGGCCACACGCACCCCAGGGGCUCUGAGUUGCCUUGUCACAAGUGCCCUUGGAUUCAGACCAAAGCAAAUGUGGCCAUUAAAACUGUUUUUAACUUG